GACUCGAAUGCUUCCAGCCUUUUUCCUGGGGCUUAUCAUCAAUCGUUAUCUUCUCUGUUUCAGGACAACCACUCCAUCUCUUCAUUCGAGUCUCUUUUUUCUAAACUGCAGCAUGAUACACUGGGUCAGGGUCAAGGUCAGCCCGUACUCCCAAUGUCUCCUUUACCCCAACCCCAAUACCAGACAUCUUCGAUCUCUGGUGCUUUGGGGAUGCCAUUUCCCAUGUCUCCCACCUUGGACAAUGACAACUCUGGUUUCUCCGCAAACCAGUAUCCGCCCUCUCCUACAUCUAGUUUCUUUUCCGAUCAACCACCUGCCUCCCCCGCAUCUGGACGAUCCAACUUUUUCUCAAACUUACCGCAGACUUCUACUCCGCCUCCUGCAACUUCGCCUCCUGUUUCUCCACCUAUCCCUGCUUUGAAAAAAGGCAAACAUCCUGCUACGUCUGUAAACAUCAGAGACGCCCUUCGCAAUCAGCUGGCUGCAUCAGGCAAAGAAGCCGCCCAGG